ACUGGCGACAUGAGCGACAAGGGCUCGCCCUCGAAAAUGUCCCCGGGCAAGGGAGGCAAUAUUGUGGCGACCUGCCUAAAGCAUCACAAUAGUCCCUUAAGAAGUGUCAGACUUUUGUGGCGCAUUUUAACAUGAGCCUCGCGCGAUCGAGUCGAUGAUACAGCUGGCGAGAGUGUGAGACAAACCACCCAACUGGUGCCCGUCCGGCUCCUCCUCCUCCGGGGCUAUUUCUGACUCUGAUAUAUAGACUUUUAAUGCAGAGGGCACUCGUGAUUAUACACUCGCUCAGUCAGUCAGUUGGGCCAAAGCAAUGAUGAGCUCCGUCCGAGACGCUUCCUCUGUGUGCCUGCUAGUUGAUAAGCACGAUGACAAGUGUUUCCGAUUGCGAUCGAUUUCGCUGACCUGACUAUCUAACUCUUUCCUUCGAUGUCUGGCGAAUUGACUGCAGAACAGCUUCAGCAGCUUUACUUAUGCAGCCUCUUGCUUGGCAGAAAGCGUGAGCAGCCGAUCUUCACGUGCAAAGCGCACGUGUUCCACAUUGACCCCAAGACCAAGCGCUCGUGGAUCCCUGCCUCAUCCUCUGCUGUUAGUGUCUCCUUUUUCUAUGAUUCCACGAGGAGUUUGUACAGAAUUAUCAGCGUUGAAGGCACCAAGGCUGUCAUCAACAGUACAAUCACCCCCAACAUGACAUUCACCAAAACCUCACAAAAGUUCGGCCAGUGGUCCGACGUCCGUGCCAACACAGUUUACGGCCUAGGAUUUUCCUCAGAAGCUGAGCUUAACAAGUUCAUUGAAAAGUUCCAAGAUGUGAAGGAGGCGACGCGGCAGGCGGCCGCCAAGGCCACGACCAACGGCACGGCCACCCAGGCCACCCCCGUGAGCAGCGCCAACGCUUCGCCCAUCACGGCGCGGUCUGGCAGGGGCACCGGCGCCCCGGGCAACGCGUCGCCCAACCCUAUGGGCCAGACGCCGCUGCCGGACGAACUGGUCGACACACAGGGUGGCCCUGGAAUUCCGCCGGGAGGGCCUUUGCCGGCGCCCAUGGGCCUGGCCAACAACGACGGCACCGGCACCUUGCUGAAGAGCUCCCUCAGAAAUACCUCGCUCUCCGUUCAACAAGUUAUUCCUGGUGAUAGUCCAAAACAUCAGCCAAAAGUAGUGGGAGCCACCCUGGUAGACUCUAAGCAAUCUCCAGCAGCCAAUUUUCCGCCUGGAUCGGCAGAAGCUCAACUAAAAUAUGAGAACGACAGGCUAAAAUUAGCUUUGGCUCAAAGUUCUGCAAACGCAAAAAAGUGGGAAAUCGAGCUUGCCACUUUGAAAAACAACAACGCCAGAUUAACGAGCGCCCUUCAAGAAAGCACGGCCAACGUGGAGGAGUGGAAGCGUCAGCUGCAGCAGUAUAAAGAGGAUAAUCACACUCUGAAAUCCAAAUAUGUAGAGUUGGAAGCUGCUAAAGGGAGUCAAGAGGCGGCAGCUGAGUUACGAAAAGAGCUGCAAAGCUUGCGAACAAGAGUGGAAGCGCUGGACUUGGAGCUGCAGGGAAAAAACGAAGAAGUUCGCCGAUUGAAUAAACAACAGGGACCUGAUCCUCAUUCUGGGAAGUCUAAUGAUGAAAGAAUGAAGGUAAAAAUGAAUGCAUUGCAAGAGGAGAACAUUACCCUUCAGAUGGCGUUGCAGAACUCGCAGGCGCAGCUGGAGACGGCGCUGAUGGCGCAGGAGUCGCAGCGGCGAGUGCUGGACACGCUGAACGCUCAACUGGCGGGGCGGCUGCAGGAGCUGGCCGGCAUCCACCGCGAGAUCGCGACCGCCCUCAACACGUGAUGCACCGAGACCCCCCAGCCGCCCUCCCUCACCGCCUCCCAAACAUCAAUCCACCACCCCAGUUCUACGUGCCAGCCCCUUUAGCCGUUAAACACACUCAGGGGCUGGUCCAGGUUUUAAAACUGCUGUUGACGCCGUACUCUCACAAAAGUAUUUAAACCAAGACGUAGUAAUUUGCAUUUGGUGUGCAUGUUUGGUUGUUCGGUUUGUUCGUUUCGACGACACACUCCUCCUUGAUCACGGGAACCAUGCUGGGAAAAAACCCGUCUUGUUUAGACACAGGAAAGAAUCAAUUCUCCCCCAAUUCAAAGCCAAUCAACCCCCAAAACUGUUGCUCUGAUUGAAAUCAGAUCACCCAAAGUAUAAAAAAUUUUAGAAUCUCAUUUUUAUAUUAGUCCUUUUACUUGUACAAGGACUCUUGACCCCACCUGUCUUUAAAACCACCUUUUUUUUAAUUUUAACUUUUUACGCUUAAACGAAUCUCUCUGUAAGCUGUCUUGCCACCGUACUUUAAUUUUUCAGCUAAAUAAUGAUUUUGAAUUCCUUUAAACCGACAGUAAUUUUAUCAAAGGAUUUAUGUAGAGAUUUAUUUACCUUACAAACUCCGCAUGCUUUUAAACUCUCUCGACUUUGGUUUAGUAUUUUAAUUUUGCAAUUUAAAGCAUGGUUGCUAAUUUUUUCAAUGUCACAACUCGCCAUAAUAACAUAUUGCUCUCCUUAAAAGUAAAACUCAUCCUACUUUCCUCUCUGGACAUGUUUGACCUAGAAUUAUAGCAAAUCUUCCUUCUCGUUUAAAUUUCUCUCCGGCUUCCGUAAAUGUUAAUGGAAGAGAAUGCGCAUCUGGAUGACUCAGUUUUUUACUCAAAUUAAUUUGAAUGGCUGCGGAUGGUGUGUGUUUGAAUAUUUAUACGUCUGUUUGUUCCGUUCGACAAACUUUCCACACUCUUUAAUCCACGCAAAGAACUGCACAAAGUAAUUAAUAUUAGUAAUUUACAAUAUUACCAUCUGUCUCUCAUGUGAUUGAACUAUUUUGUUAAUUUAUUGUGACGCAGAGAUUGAUAUUAUUUUAUUUGUUGUUGAUAUGUUGAGUUAGUACUGCUCAAGAUCUGCCAAAUUAACUGUGCAAUAUGUCAAAAGAUUUUUUUUGUUUUUUUAAUUGAAUUCUACAGUUGAAACAAUAAUUGUAUUGUACUGGAAUACACACACAAAGUUGCAGCAGCAACAAAC